UUUGGCCAGAAGGUUCCUGCAGUGAGGCACUGAAGAAGUGACUAACUCUCACCUGUCUGCCUACCUGUCGUACUGAUCCAGAAACCGUCUCAUCUAGCAGCAUCAUGCUCACCAGGAACCUUCUUCUUCUCUUUUCCCUGGUCCUUCUUUUGGUGGAGGCGGAUCUCAAUUCCAAUGAUAAUGGAAUAGAAAUCCUGUCAACAGAUAAAGAGUCAACAUCUGAUGAAGCCCCAACAGAGAGUAUGAAAGCCAUAUCUCCCAAUCAUCCUGAUACCAGCAGCUCCAGUUCAGAGACUGCAGAUGCUCCAGCAGCCAAUCAGGUGACAGCUCCUGAACCUGCUGCUGCCAGUGUGGAGGAAGAAGAAGACAAUGAACAUUCCAAUUCUAAAGGAGGGAACAAAAAGUUUCAACCCCGCUCAGCCGAACCUCCAAGACCCGCGCAUCCACCACAACGCCCUGCCCUUAUUAUCACAAACCAGAACCCUGGCCUCACAUCUCAGCCAAUCAUUCCUCAGUUGAAAACUCUAGUGAAAAACCAAAAGCCCAAAAGAAGAUCCAGAACCAAUCGGCUUUAGAUAUCAAACCUCAUGACACAAAGGUUUAAAUCAUUCAUCACAUAUUAGUGACAAGAACAACAUUUUAAAACGUGAAGAUUAAAACACACAGGUUAAAACGUGGUUUCGGAAAUAAUCAUGUUCACAUACACAGAAUUAAUACCUGCACGUGUGUGUCUGCAAGUUACGUCACACACGUUUAAACAUCCAUGUUGGAACAUGCAUUUCAAUCUCUGCAUUCUAAUGCCGAUAUGUUAAGUGGGUUCUUGAUAAUUUUAAUGAAUCCAGCUUCUGCUAUAUUUAAUUGAUUUGGAUCCUGAUAUAUGUUUAAUUAAUUGGACUCCCUGCACAACUCUCAGUGUAUCUGCUGUUUUAUGUUGUCUACCGUCAUCCCUAAGAUCAUAAAUAAACUUUUGAAAAUGAUUUUCACUUG